CUAGCUGUUUCUAGGGAAUGAAAACAAGUCAUGAUAAAGUCAAGAAAGUUUGAUUGUAUGCGUGUAUAGAGGCUUUUUACGGCAGUUGUCAAUUCAUGAAUAAUCUAUGACUUUCAAGAGAUUAUGAACCGACCAGAAACUGGCAAAUGGGUAUCUCAAGUCAUUGCUGUCUAAUUGUCAAGAUAUUCCCAGCAACGAAACUCCGUAAUUCAUAUCAUCAACCCGACUCGAGAAGAAUUGUCAAGGUUUGUGCAGGAUAAUGUGCAAAAUAAGACAGAUAAAUAUACAAAAGUUGCUUGAUUUGCGAAUCAAGAGUCUGUCGAGAUCAUGUUGAAUAUCCAGUCAAAAGAUGGAAAGUUUGAUAUUGUUCUUUCAGAUGCUACUUUAAAAGGUGUUGGCAAUGUCAAAAAGACAAAUAUACGAUCGCUAAGCAGUGCUGGUAGGCGCAAGACCAAAGAGAUUAAGGGUAACCAUGUGCUACCUAGCCAUAAGGAUGAAUCGCCAAGACAGCUAGCAAAACACAAAGAAACUCUGUCACAAAGUCAUGUAAAAGUAAAUACAGAAACGCAUGCUGAUCCCAAAGAUGCUAAAAAGAAAACAGGCAAGCCAGAAAGACCAACAGAAAGAAUUGUUCAGGAAAAACAGCCAAAAUCCAUCAAUACAAGGAAUACAAACACAAAAGCUAGUGACAAAGACAGCGUCGGUGCAAAGCGUGUGACAAAAGGCAAAACAUCUAGCUACACGCAGCCAAGUAAAGCUGCUGUCAUUUCAGACAAGCCUGGGGUUAUUUCUCAGUCUGAACUGAUGUCAUUGAUGGAAUCUUUAAAGACUGGAGAUGUAUCAAUUCUUGAGGUGAUGACAAAGGUUAAAGGAAAUCAAGGGUUUGCUGAUGUAUCAAAAUUUAAUGAUAAAGCGUCACUGUCGACAUUAAAGAAAGACAACAUCUCUGAUGAUGUCAUAGAGCCAACAUAUGUCCCAGGUCUCAAUUUGGACUUUGAAAAUGAAGACCACAAUUCUACUUUGCGGAACCCCAAGGACAAUUACAGUUUUGAAGGUCCCAAUAUAAAAGACUCAUAUGCAACAUCAAAAGAACCAAACAAUUAUGCCAGUAGACGUAAACUGCACAGUGAAGAUAGUGUUUCUACUAUCAGCCUGAAUGAAAUACCAAGGAAUGGGAAAAUACCCAACGAGGAUCUUGACAAGGCUGCAACAAAUAUGACGGCUCGCGGGAAAAUGGACCGUCAUGCAAUGCGAAGCUCUUUUGUAGUUGGGGCUCCUGGGCAAGUUGCAUUUGACUACGGUCAAUCAGACAGAGAAAAGAACAAGCAAUGGCUUGCAGACCUAGAGAAGCAAAUGCAGGAGAAGAAAAAGGCCACGAUUUCGGAGAAAGAAAGACUUGCAAUGGCAAUGGAAACUCCUUUAGCUGUAAAAUUGACAAGUCGCCACGAAAAAGUUACAGCAGAGCCGGAAUCUGCAUAUGAACCCGAUGUACCACCGUUCAAAGCGAAAAGUCCUUUGGCAGAGAAGCAGGCAGAUAAUUCUAGUCAUGGAUUCAUAGGUGACAGUCCGAACGAAAGAGGCUUUGCUCGAGGUCAGCAUUCGACGAAAAAUCAGUUUGAGCUUGACGAAAUUGAGAGAAAAAGGCAGAAAAUUCUGGAGCACCAGAGAGCUGUUGAGGAGCAAGUUGAAGAGAAACGAAGAUUGAAAAUGAUAGAGAAAGAAAGGAAGUUCAGAGAAGAGCGGGAAGAAGAGGAAAAAUUAGCGAGAGAAAGAGAGCAGUUGGCUAGGCAAUACGAGGAAGAAGCAAGGAAGCGUAUGGAGAAAGAGGAAGCUGAAAGACAGAGGCAUCUGGCCUUGCAACAAAGCGUUCUUGAAGCAUAUGAUGCUGCAAAGAAGGAAAAGCAAAACACCAUGCUUCGAAAAUUGAAAGCAGGGGGACAUGAUAUUUCCAAACUUGAGCCAGGCAGCCAUGCAGAAAGUAUAAGUUUGAAAGAAGAAGAAAGUUCAAGAACCGAAAAAAGCAUCUCAAGGCUAUCUUUACCCUCCCAUUCUAUGGAUGUUCCGUUCCAGAUUUCUUCACGGUCUGACAAGGAAUUUAGGCCAAUUUUAAACCUUAUGGAUGAGUCUUACGAAGGUGGGAAAGAAAAGGAGAAAAACAAUGCAAAGGAGAAUGCAGGAUUGAAGGAUAAAGCUAAAGCGAAAACGUCAAAGGAUGAAGCCAGUUCCAGAAAGGGAAAAGGCGAACAUAAAGACUCCAGGAUUCCACAGAAACCGGGCCGAAAAUCUGACCCGAAAAAAGCCUCUUUGGGUAACAGAUCAAAACAGGAAGAAAAACAAAGAAAGGAAGAAACUACUUUAAAACACCGGGUUGAUAAAAGUUUAAAACGGACUAAAGAGCCUAUAAAUAAUCGGAAUAAUGUCUUGAAAGAAAAGGCGCCGAGAAAUAAGCGAAAGGAAAAUAAGGUAACAAGCGAAAGACUUGUUGUGAACCAUGAACCUGUGGUCGAAGAUCCAGAAAGGAUUACCUCACCAGAUCUUGAUGAUGAGAAAGGUCCAUUGCCUGUAUUUGAGGUAGAAAAUAAUGAUGAGGGAUUUGAAAGCUUUGGACAAUAUUCGUAUAAUCGCACUUCCACAAUUACGCUAGAGGAGAAUUCUACGUCACGUGGAAAUUCUGUUGGCAACCCAAGUAGAUUAUCACACGUUCAAAAUAAGGAUGAAAAUAGUUCUUGGGACUCACGGGGGUUUCCAACUGAAAGGCAACAACAAAUUCUGGAACAACUUCAAGUGCUUCGCAAGGGUCUUCUGGACAAGCAAAAAGAGUACGAAAAAGUAAAUACUCCUUCAGGAGGGAACUUCCAAUGAAUUACUUAGAAAUUUUAAUAUAUCUAGUUGUACAUGCACAUAUCAUUUCAGAUAUAUAUAUAUAUUGUUAUAGCUGUAAAUUUAAUAGUAUUUCAAUCAAAUGCACACUAAUAAAUAAGCUCUUAUUGCUGUUUGUCUGCUGUUUCCACUGUCAAAAUUUUGUAUCCAAAUUUAUUUGAAGUUGGCGUACAACUUAGUUUUGAAUCAAAAAAUUACUAAUUGAGAAAAUAUAGAACCAUUUGCCAUUCUGGUUUUGAAAAGACAUAAGCUGAGAGAAUUGUUUUCUCAUUUGAUAAAAAGAUAUUCCUCAAAUUUCGGAGAUGCUCAGGCAAUGUUUGAUUGCUUAUUAAGGCCUCGUCUAUGUUAGAAAAGAAUUUCUGAAUUUAUUUGUAACAGCAUCAUUGAAGUGUCUCACGACGUUUAUGUCACCGCCAUGAUAAACCUAUCCCCCUUCCUGGAACAUUAUUCUUUUGUCAAAUUCGUUUUCAUCGACUACAAAAUUUCAAGCCAGGUAUUCAGUAAACAGUUGCAUGCAGAAAGGCUCUCAUUGAACCAUAAGGAUAGUUUGAGCGAUGACAUUUUUUAAUUGGACUUGUAUCUCUUGAUGAAAAUUUUUCAGAAUUAUGAAUGAAAUCCUUCAAUUCCUUGCAAAAUAAUGUAGCAUUUGGCCCACAAAUUGUUGAGAACU